AUGCUUUUUACGGUAGCUCUUUGGCUCACCAAGCAUGCUGCGAAGCUGGCCGCCCAAGAAGAAAUUUCACAGGACGAGGCGAAAGAUGUAUACAAUUCACUGCGUAACGCGGCUGGAAUCUUUACCCUUUUACGAGAUCAAUAUGUAUCUAAUUUAUUGAACGCCCCGAAGCCUGGCCACGAUUUGUCUGGGGACAUAUUGGAGGCUUAUAUUAAUCAGUCCGUUGCGGAAGCUCAGGAAAUCACUCUGGCACGUGCGAUCGAAUUGAAACACGACCCUAGCCUCAUCGCCGGCCUAGCCAUGGCCACUUCCUCAGCGUACGAAAAAGCUGGCCUAGCCCUCAAGCCUUACGAGCAGAAAGUGGUUGGAAAGUGGAGCAAGUACACAGAGUUUAAGCGGUAUUGCUAUGAAACAUGUGCUCAUAUUUACUUUGCGGAACACCUGCUUAAGCAGGAAAAGGCGGGCGCCGCAUUGGCAGUGAUCAAGGACGCAGAGACCGCCUAUAAAACUGCUGUUGAAAUGGGAAAAGCGUAUAAAAGGACGGAUGGCAUCGGUUUGUCCGCGAAGCCGGCUGACCAUUGUUUCUUCCGCCGCCUUGGAACGUUUGUGGAAAACACCAAACGGAAGCUGGAGCGUGAGAACAGCAUCAUCUUUCAUCAACGAGUACCUGCGGCAGCGCCAGUUUUCGACUUGAAAGCGACCUUUGGCCUCGUAGAGCCUAAAGCUCCAGAACUCGAUUUAACUCCCGAUCCUCGUUGGAAAGACGCCUACAUGGGCUUCAAUCAGACAAAGCUGCUAGAGGCGAUUAUCGAAAGAGAUUCUCGGGCCAAAGAGCGAAAGGAGAAACCCGAACGUGACGCUCCCGUGGAAGCCAUACACGAAAAACCGAUUUUCAACACAGAUAAAGAUCCGAACAACGAAAGCGGUUGUGUCCUGUCAUAA